AUGAGAAGCCUGAUGUGUUUGCUGUUCCUGGUGAUCUGCUCUGUGCAGGUGACUUCAAACGCUCCCUCUGCAAUUGAUGCCCAAACUAAUUGCUGUUUAGAGUUCAGUAAUGUGACGAUUCCUGUGAAACGAGUGGUGUCUUUCUAUUGGACCAGCAGCAGCUGUCCCAGACGUGCUAUUGUAUUUAAGACAAAAGCAGAGAAAGAUUUCUGUGUAAAUCCAGAGACUUCCUGGGUGAGCAGCCAUGUUGAUAUAGUGGACAAAAGAAACAACUGCUACACGGCCAUAAAUAAUCGUGGGUCUCUGCAUGUCGUGCAGAAGCUCAGAGCUUCUGGUGAUCAGAAGAACUGCUUCUACAUUGUUUUUGAUCACCACAACAAAACAUAUCAGACAUGA